AAUGAUUUUUUUGCUUGUCGCAAUACUCUAUUCGAAGAAAUUUUUGAAUCACGAUUUAAUUCAUUAUGCGUAAAAUUUCUAGAAGCCUCAUCAUACUUAAGAAGUACUUUAUAUCCAAUUAAAGAGAAAUUGGCUAAGUAUUAUACUUUUCAGGAGUUUAAUGCUAGAAUAUCCUCAACUCAACGAGUUGAGUCUAUCAAUACUGUUAUACAUAAACAUGUCAACUCACAUUCAACAUUAAUGGAAUGCUUUAACGGAAUACAAAAUAUGUUAUUCAUUGAACUUCAAAAAGCAGAAUAUCGGGACUAUUUGGAAAAUUUAUCUUUUACUAUUGGGUCUUCGUCGCAACUCGCGUUUUUCCAGAUAUAG